CUGGUAGUGUCGAUUUUAGAGCCACCACGAUAGCAUCAAUAAUGUUUUCUGCUGCGGUGGUAUUCCUGUGUGUUUUUGGAUUUACUACUGUGACAUCGGUCGAAAUUUCCCUGAAUGUUCAAGUCGGAGGUGACUCAUCUACAUCAAGGAACAACAAAGAGGAUCUGAUUGCAGCUAUCCAAAGCGAAGAUUUGCGCCGACAACUGACCGAAAAACUUGAGGCUUUAUUACGAGACAAUCCAAACGCUGAUCUCAAAAUAUCUACUACUCUAUUUCGUCACGAUGACAUCACUCAAUCAACAACUGCUACAAAUAUUGGCACAACGACUACAAAUCACAAGAACUUGGGAGCAACGACUCCAAACGUUAGCCCCGAGACCGAUGUCACCUCAAGUAGAGUCGUAGAUACAGCCACGAUUCAUUCUUUAAUCACCGACGAACCAGCAGAUUACAGCACUAGUAAUUCCGAAGCAACAUCCAGAUCUUCUCCAAAUGAUAAUAAUAUUUCAACAGUUCAAAGUACCGACGACCUCGGAGAAAAAACAACGAUUUUGCCGCAUUCUACUGACGUUUCUUCGGCCGAUAACACUGAAAUCCUCGAAGACAAAGUUACAACUCAAGCAUCAAGCAGCUACUCCCCCGCGAGUACCGUGACUGGCAGCCAAAAUGGAGGUACUGAAGUAACCAACACUUCUACAACGGAAACUUCAGAGUCUCAUUGGACUGAAGACACGAAUUUAAAAACUACAAGUAAAAGUCCCACCUCUAGCAUUUCAUCAAGUACAGACCCCUGCAACAAGCUUCGGAGCUGGCACCUCUGCCGUUCGCUGGAUAUACAGUUCUGA